CGUCGUUUCACGGCCGGCGCUGUUGCUCAUCGUCCUUAGCCUCUUACUCUCAUCAUCUGAGCUCACCAGGAUGCCACCGCGAAGGGCAAUGAGCGCAUCACCCGUGAGAGUACUCAACACACUCUUCGCAGCUCUCGUCGCAGCAAUAAACAGGCUAGACAAGUCACUGGAUCCUCGAGAUAGCAUCGUGAAGCUGCAACGACAUGAAUUUACUCUGAGCGAUUCAAUAUAUAUUUUUCAUGCCGCCCUUGCUAUCUUAUGGGUGUCCCUCUGGCCGCUUCCCCUACUCUUCAAGAUCAUCCUGCCACUCCUAUACAUCCUCGCUUUACUCGUCCCCUUCACAUCUCAGCUCCUCGUACCGGCUACACCGGUAAUUUCAUGGGUUAUGGCGUUCUUCAGCUCGAGGUUCAUACCAGUUGAAUACCGACCGUCAAUUUCUGUGUCACUCCUCCCAGCGCUCGAGAGUGUCUUGUAUGGAGCUAAUAUCUCCGAUAUACUCACACGCUUCACGCACCCGGUGUUAGAUAUUCUAGCAUGGUUACCGUAUGGCGUCCUACACUUUACACUUCCAGUCGUCGUAUCUAUAUUCCUCUGGCUCUUCCGACCGAAAGAAGUGUUACAUUUCUGGGCUCGAGCGUUUGGGUACAUGAACCUCAUUGGUGUUCUCGUACAAAUCGUUUUACCAUGUGCCGCUCCAUGGUACGAACUCAUUUACGGCCUCACUCCUGCUACGUACGCCGUACAUGGCUCUGCAGGAGGUCUAAUGCGCAUCGACGCGCUUUUCGGUGGCAACGGCUACCAAAAAACCUUCGCCUCCUCCCCAGUCGUUUUUGGUGCCUUCCCUUCCUUACACGCGGGCAACGCAACUAUCGAGGCACUCUUCUGGUCUCAUUUCUUCCCUCACAUGCGUACGGUUGCUUGGGCGUACGCUGGUGUGCUGUAUUGGGCAACGAUGUAUCUCACGCAUCAUUAUCUCGUUGACGUCGUUGGAGGUGCAUGCCUUGCCACCGCAUGUUUCUACCUCUUUCUGCCGAAUGAAUUACGUGGUGCGAACGCAACUCGCGGACCCGGAUCUAUAGCCGGACGUACACGUUCGAAACAUGAAUUGUACGACCUCGAAGUCCCCGCACAACGCGGUACUCGGGCUUUCGGUCACUCACGUGGGUUAAGCGGGAAGAGUCUCCGUCUCGACGGAAACACAGACACCGAGGGUGAUAGCGACGGCGGCGCGAGUGAGGUAGAAGAACAAGAUAUCGCGUACCGUUCACCUAAUCCUGGUACACCUAAUCCUGGUACACCUGUACCCGCAUCAGCCGUACCACUCAUCAAUAACAAUUCCUCAUAUUCCUCACAGAAUGGAAACGGGAAGAAGGGCGGUGGGCAUAAACAUAAACAUACUGCUUCUAUUGCGAGUUUGACGAGAGGUGCGGGUACGGAGGAUGAAGGGUGGAGUCCGAUUGGUGCGAGGGGUUUCGCGGUGCCUGGGACGCCUUCGAGGUUGGAGUUGGGUGUGGGAGAUGCGCAGGCUGUGAAGGGUGGUCAGCGGGGUUCGUAACGUUGGGUUAAUAGAGGGCUCUGUUUUCUCGAGUACAUUGUUUUCUUGAAUAAUUCCUCUGCACUGCCUUCUUUCCGUUCGUAAAUACAUAGUUGACCCUUUUUCUCGUGCCUUUCAUCAUUAUAUAAUUUUCCCCCUUUCACGUUUUUCGGCUUUCUUUUAGUGGGAUUCUUAUUUAUAGCAUUCCUUCACACCGAUAGAAUACCCAAUACCACACAAUCUUCUCCCCAGGGCCAGCG